AUGGUGGAGGAGCUGCAGGAGGUGGUCCAGACCUACUCCUUCCCCUGCUCCCGGUGGCUGGCCAGCGGGGAGGAGGAUGGGGAGCUGGUGGUGGAGCUCCUGCCGGAGGACGCAGAGGAACUGGAGGAGAACUCGUACGAGGUGAGCGUCUUCACCGGGGACAUGCUCGGAGCCGGGACGGACGCCAACGUCUUCAUCGAUAUCUACGGCGAGAACGGAGACACGGGCGAACGCUCCCUGAGACGCUCCAACAACCUCAACAAGUUUGAGCGAGCACAGGAGGACGUGUUCACCAUCACAGCCAUAGAACUGGGCCCACUGAAGAAGCUACGCAUUCGCCAUGACAACAGCAAGUCGCACUCCUCCUGGUACCUGGACCGCGUGGAGAUAGUGGACACCAAGGACGACACCACGUACUACUUCCCAUGCAACCGCUGGCUGGCGGUGGACGAGGAUGACGGACAGAUCGCCAGGGAGCUGGUGCCCGUGGACGAGGCCUUCAUGAAGAGGGACGACGACGACGAGGGAGGCGGAGCCACGCUGGGUCUGGAGCAGAAAGCCAUGUCCACCACCUACAGCCUGAGGGUGAAGACCGGGGAGAAGAAACACGCCGGCACCGACGCCAACGUCUUCGCCAUCCUGUACGGAGAGAAAGACGACACAGGGAUAAUCAACCUGAGAGCGUGUAAGUCUCACAAGAACAAGUUUGAGCAGGGGAUGAUUGACGAGUUCACCGUGGAGGCAGUGGACAUGGGCGAACUGGAGAAGCUACGCAUCGGCCACGACAACUCAGGCGGGUCACCGGGGUGGUUUCUGGACUGGGUUGAGAUCGACGCCCCGUCCCAGGGCAUGAGACUCACGUUCCCAUGUGGCCGUUGGCUGGACAAGUCAGAGGACGACGGGGCCACAGUGAGGGACCUGUACCCAGCUGACCUGCAGACAGAGCUCUAUAUUCCAUUUGUGCCUUAUGAGAUCAAGACGUACACCAGCGAUGUGUUUGGGGCGGGGACGGACGCAGACGUGUUCAUCGUGCUGUACGGACGCAAGGGCCUCGCCACCCAGCAGAAACACCUGUGUGUCAACAAGAGAGAGAGGCGACUGUACUUCGAGAGAGGAGCUGAGGAUAUGUUCAUUGUAGAGUUGGAGGACGUGGGUGACGUCAUAGAGAAGAUCCGGAUUGGACACGACAACCAAGGUUCCAACCCCGGCUGGCACCUGGAUCGUGUGGAGAUCAGACGACUGCUCAGGAAAGGAAAGGGCUCGGAGACCACCAUCUUCCCUUACGAGAGCUGGCUGGCUCGCUCGGAGGAGGACGGGGAGACGGUGCGGGAGCUCGUCCCCUCUGACAUCAUCACGGAGAAGCUGCUCAGGGACGGCACGCUGAAAACCACCGAGACGGAGGUGGAGGACGCCCUGGAGACGCACAACUACACGGUGUCUGUGAGGACAGGGGACAUGUACGGGGGGGGGACGGACGCCAACGUCUUUCUGACCAUCUACGGAGACCUGGGGGACACCGGAGAACGCAAGCUCCGCAAGUCUGAGACCAACGGAAACAAGUUUGAGAGAGGAGCGGUGCGCGGCAGGGAAAUGGCCGCAGUCCGGCAUGAGAAUCAUCAACAUUUUUGAUUUGUUCUUAAACGACCA